CAAUCGAACUGGGCCGGAUCGAGAAUUCAGAUGCUCAGUUUCAGUUCUAGUUUCGAAGUCGUCGGAGCGCACGGAAAAAACAGUUUCGAGUUGAAUUAAGAAUAUUUUGAAUAUUUUGCAGUUUUCGUUUGAUUGGCACCCAAAGUAGAAAUGUCCGAGAAAAUGGAAAUUACUCCCAUUACCGGAAUGUAUGAAGUGUCCCAAAAAUCUGAGGAGAAAGUCAUUGCUCCAAUGCUCAAAGCAGAAAUGUCCGAGAAUAUGGAAAAUACUCCUGUUCCCGAAAUGUAUGAAGUGUCCCAAAAAUAUGAGGAGAAAGUCAUUGCUCCAAUGCUCAAAGCAGAAAUGUCCGAGAAUAUGGAAAAUACUCCUGUUCCCGGAAUGUAUGAAGUGUCCCAAAAAUAUGAGGAGAAUGCAAUUGCGCCAAUGUUCAAAGCAGAAAUGUCCGAGGAUAUGGAAAUUACUCCUGUUACGGGAAUGUAUGAAGUGUCCCAAAAAAAUCAGGAGAAUGCAAUUGCGCCAAUGUUCAAAGCAGAAAUGUCCGAGAAUAUGGAAAAUACUCCUGUUCCCGGAAUGUAUGAAGUGUCCCAAAAAUAUGAGGAGAAUGCAAUUGCGCGAAUGUUCAAAGCAGAAAUGUCCGAGAAUAUGGAAAAUUUUCCCGUUCCCGGAAUGUAUGAAGUGUUCGAAAAAUAUGAGGAGAAUGCAAUUGCGCCAAUGUUCAAAGCAGAAAUGUGCCAAGAAAUGCAAAAUACUCCUGUUACCGGAAUGUAUGAAGUGUCCCAAAAAUAUCAGGAGAAUGCCAUUGCGCGAAUGUUCAAAGCAGAAAUGUCCGAGAAUAUGGAAAAUUUUCCCGUUCCCGGAAUGUAUGAAGUGUUCGAAAAAUAUGAGGAGAAUCCAAUUGCGCCAAUGCUCAAAGCAGAAAUGUCUGAGAAUAUGGAAAAUACUCCUGUUCCCGGAAUGUAUGAAGUGUCCCACAAAUAUGAGGAGAAUGCAAUUUCGACAAUGAUCAAAGCGGAAAUGUCCGAGAAUAUGGAAAAUACUCCUGUUCCCGGAAUGUAUGAAAUGUCCCAAAAAUAUCAGGAGAAUGCAAUUGCGCCAAUGUUCAAAGCAGAAAUGUGCGAAGAAAUGCAAAAUACUCCUUUUACCGGAAUGUAUGAAGCGUCCCAAAAAUAUGAGGAGAAUGCAAUUGCGCCAAUGUUCAAAGCAGAAAUGUCCGAAGAAAUGCAAAAUACUCCUGUUCCCGGAAUGUAUGAAGUGUCCCAAAAAUAUCAGGAGAAUGCAAUUGCGCCAAUGUUCAAAGCAGAAAUGUGCGAAGAAAUGCAAAAUACUCCUUUUACCGGAAUGUAUGAAGUGUCCCAAAAAUAUGAGGAGAAUGCAAUUGCGCCAAUGUUCAAAGCAGAAAUGUCCGAGAAUAUGGAAAAUACUCCUGUUCCCGGAAUGUAUGAAGUGUCCCAAAAAUAUCAGGAGAAUGCAAUUGCGCCAAUGUUCAAAGCAGAAAUGUGCGAAGAAAUGCAAAAUACUCCUUUUACCGGAAUGUAUGAAGUGUCCCAAAAAUAUCAGGAGAAUGCAAUUGCGCCAAUAUUCAAAGCAGAAAUGUCCGAAGAAAUGCAAAAUACUCCUGUUCCCGGAAUGUAUGCAGUGUUCGAAAAAUAUGAGGAGAAUGCAUUUGCGCCAAUGUUCAAAGCAGAAAUGUCCGAGAAUAUGGAAAAUACUCCUGUUCCCGGAAUGUAUGAAGUGUCCCAAAAAUAUCAGAAGAAUGCAAUUGCGCCAAUGUUCAAAGCAGAAAUGUCCGAAGAAAUGCAACAUACUCCUGUUACCGGAAUGGAUGCAGUGUUCGAAAAAUAUGAGGAGAAUGCAUUUGCGCCAAUGUUCAAAGCAGAAAUGUCCGAGAAUAUGGAAAAUACUCCUGUUCCCGGAAUGUAUGAAAUGUUCCAAAAAUAUCAGAAGAAUGCAAUUGCGCCAAUGUUCAAAGCAGAAAUGUCCGAAGAAAUGCAAAAUACUCCUGUUCACGGAAUGUAUGAAGUGUCCCAAAAAUAUCAGAAGAAUGCAAUUGCGCCAAUGUUCAAAGCAGAAAUGUCCGAAGAAAUGCAAAAUACUCCUGUUCCCGGAAUGUAUGCAGUGUUCGAAAAAUAUGAGGAGAAUGCAUUUGCGCCAAUGUUCAAAGCAGAAAUGUCCGAGAAUAUGGAAAAUACUCCUGUUCCCGGAAUGGAUGCAGUGUUCGAAAACUAUCAGGAGCAAGCCAUUUUGCCAAUGUUCAAGGCAAUUAUGUCCGAGGAUAUGGAAUUUACACCUUUAACCGGAAUGUAUGAAGUGUCCCAAAAAUCCGAGGAGAAAGUCAUUUCUCCAAUGUUCAAAGCAGGAAUGUCCGAGAAUAUGGAAAAUACUCCUGUUACCGGAAUGGAUGCAGUGUUCGAAAAAUAUGAGAAGAAUGCGUUUGCGCCAAUGUCUGAAAUAUGCGCAAAAGAUUACACAAUAUCUCCAAUGGAUGGAAUAGCUCAGGAAGAGAACACUUUUGUCUCCAUCCCAGAUGGAAUAACCCGACUCAAGGACAUUCUUGAUACACAGACAAUCUAUGUCCAGGGAAAUGAAACUGUUGCUCCCAUAAAUGAAAUAUCCCAGAUGAUAAACACUGUAUCACCGUUGGUCGAAAUAUCACAAAACGAACAAAAUAUCAACGGAAGGACCGAGAAUGGAAAUCCAAAAAUACUUAUUGAUACGAGCACUAUUUCCAUGAACGAUACUCCGACUGUGAAUCCAGUAGGGACCACUAAUGUCGUGGUGAUGGUGGAGGAACCAAACACAAUCAUUGAGCUGGUGGAUUACUAUGUGCCACCAGCGUCCUUGAACAACAACAACAACACAAUUCCACCGUUUUUCCCCAUCACAGUGCCCUUGCACCCUGAAUCCUCGCAUGAACCCACCCCCAAGCCACCGACAAAGGGUAAGCGUGGCCGGAAGCCAGGUCCCAAACCUAAACCACGCGCAACCAAGCGUCGUCGUCCGCCGACGCCUCCUCCACUGCCGCCGGUACCGAACUUCUUGGCACACGUCAUUAAUCCGCUGGAGAAUGAAAUAUAUCCUAAGGUCGUUGUCCAGCCGGCCCAUCAGCCCUGGGUGCUGCCCAGCCAUUGCAAUGAUGGGGUUCCUAACCCGCCCCCUUCCAAAGUGGCAGUCAAGGAGGUGCCGAAUACCACAACCACUUCGAGGCGCGUGUUGAUCAGCGCCCAUCUGCGCGAGAAACUUCGGCUCUUUGGUCCGGAUGUGAUCAUCUCGGUGAUCGACAACGCGGUAUCCCCGUACUUCAAGGCGGUGAAGAAGGAACCCGAUGGCAGCCAGCAUCAAAUAUUCUUCACCGCCCCACAGCUGCUCUCCUUCACUGCCGCCCACUUUGGCAAUUGGCCGCAGAUGGUGCCCAUCCAGAUGCUGAUGAUGAAGCCUACGCCGGCCAUGCUGUCCCAUUACUUUCCUGGACCCAUGGGACAAGCUCUGGUCAAGAAAUGGCUUACCGAUCAGCAGCCUCUCAAUCUGCAGCCAUCAUUGCCCUUCAAGAUGCCCAUCGGAAAGCCACCGCAGGCCACCAAAGCUUUUCCAAGGCCGAAUGCAACAUAUUUACAUCCUGGCAAGCCCCAAGUAUCCAAGCAUUUUGCAGCUCCAGCUCCACCUGCAGUGCCUGCUCCUCGACCAGCUGAUACUGUUGCUCCACCACCAGUUGAUGCUCCUACUGCAUAUUCAGCUGAUGAUCCGGCUCCUGAAUCCACUCCAGGUUCGGCUCCGGAAUCCACUCCAGGUCCGGCUCCGGAAUCCACUCCAGGUCCGGCUCCGGAAUCCACUCCAGGUCCGGCUCCGGAAUCCACUCCAGGUCCGGCUCCGGAAUCCACUCCAGGUCCGGCUCCGGAAUCCACUCCAGGUCCGGCUCCGGAAUCCACUCCAGAUCCGGCUCCCACUCCACAUCCGGAACAUACACCAGAUCCGCCUCAUACUACAACGCUGGCUCCCACUCCAGCUCCGCCAGUUGACCCUACUCCAGCACCUCCUGCGGCCUGUAACCCUACGGAUCCAUUUGAUGAGAGCAUGUUCCCACCAAUCAUUCUGCCCGCUAUCCUCAAGCGCUCAUCCCAGGAGAGGCUGCGGAAAUCUAUAAUGGCCAAGAGGAUCAAGGCCAUGAAGGAGGCUCAGGAGGCUCAGGAGGCUGCAGCUUCGGCUGCUGCAGAAAAGGCCAAGCGGAGUCUGAACAAAGAAAUGCCGGAGGAAGAGUUUUGACUCGAACAAUUGAAUAAUUGGGAAAACACAAACCAACCAAAUAUAAUGUUGAACAUCUUGGAAACAAAACACACCUCCAGUCCAGUGUCCGAACAAAGAAAUAAGGAGGACGAGUCAAAGAAUAUGAAUAACUCGUAUAAUCCAACCCAAGAAAAGAGCACAUAAUAGCACAUGCGAAAACAUUAAGAAAUUAACCAAAUGUGAUUCAAAAUUAAAUCUGAUCAAAGAUCAGCGGAAGGACAAGUCGAAGGAUAAGAAGGAUUCCGACAACUCAAUGCAAGAAAUGAAAAUGUAGAACAUAUGAAGAAGCACAUGUUAACACAUAAACAAUUUAACCAAAUGUGAUUUAAAAUUUCAAGUAAAAACUGAACUUAGAAAAGCAGAAGGACGAGUCGAAAGAUAAGGAAAAUAAUAUGACCAUGUGUAUUUGGAACUGCAAAUACAGAAAAGCAAACGUUGAAACACAAAGAAAUUAUCCAAAUGUGAUUCAAAAGGGCGUUCCGUAUAACAAUUUGGCAUUCCAUUGGACUCAUCAAACAAAAUUUGUCAUGCUAAUUGGCUUUUAUAGAGCCGCCAAAUAAAACGCUUUGCUUUCGUGGUCGGUUGUAUUCUUUUUGUCACUAAUUGCCCACCGAUGUCAAUACCUCAUUAUUCACUGCGAUAAUUGCACACUGGUCUUCGAAUCAAAUCAAAUGACACACACACAUAGCAAACGAGUUCGUUUAACUUAUUUAUUGCUUACGCAUAGGGAACUCCUUAAAUUAGUCACAUUAAGUUAAAAAAAAAACAUAUAAAUUAAAGUUUAGUGCUCAAA